UGAGUCGUUGGUUGACUUCCAGGCUCCCCACGAAGGAGGAUCAGAAGGCGGAAAUAAACAAUGCUCGGCUGACGUGGAGCAAAAGUCAGGCUGGAUAGACGGCCUGUUGUCAUUUAAUCAACAUUUAUUCAACAAUUAUUCGACAUUUUUCUGCUACUAAAGGCGACAAGUCAUAGUCAAAGUCGCAACAUAGCUUCUGCCGUCGAGUGACGCCUCUCAUCGCAGUAAAAUGGCGACAGCGGCGGAGUUCGCGGGUCUGUCCGACGUCUCCGUCCCGGAGGACAUCCCCGUGGAGGGCGACAUCUCCGUCCCCGCGGCCUCCUCCAGGCCGGACGACGAGUUCUCCACGCUGGAUGAGCCGGUGAAGGAGACCAUCAUGCGGGACCUCCGAGCCGUGGGCAAGAAGUUCGUCCACGUCCUGUACCCCAAGCAGAGCUCGGAGCUGCUGCGGGACUGGGACCUGUGGGGCCCCCUGCUGCUCUGCGUCACCCUGGCGCUGCUCCUGCAGGGCGGCGCGGCCGACCACGAGGACCAGGGGGGGCCACAGUUUGCUGAGGUCUUCGUCAUCGUCUGGUUCGGCGCCAUCAUCAUCACGCUCAAUUCCAAGCUGCUGGGCGGGACCAUCUCCUUCUUCCAGAGCCUGUGCGUGCUGGGUUACUGCAUCCUGCCGCUGACCGUCGCCAUGGUCGUGUGUCGGCUGGUCCUGCUCGGCAGCACGGGCACCGUGAGCUUCGCCGUGCGGCUGGCGGUGGUCGCCGCGUCCUUCGCCUGGUCCACCUUCGCCUCCACGGCCUUCCUUGCCGGGAGCCAGCCGCCCAACCGCAAGGGGCUGGUGGUGUACCCGGUGUUCCUCUUCUACUUUGUGAUCGGCUGGAUGAUCCUGACCUUCUCGCCGUCGCAGUAGAAGAACGGUGCCGCUUUGAGGGAACACAGUCGAGGAGCUUCUCUGGGGUUUAUUGCUCCACGGUGUCAGAACAAAGGAGGAAAGGUGGAUGAUUCACUAAACAUGUACUGUUGUUUUGUGCAAACAUCUGUUUUAUUUCUCCUUGCUGAGACACAAGUGUCGGAUCCUGUCGAGCGGGCGAAAGAUCCCACAUUUAACUUAACUUAACAUCACAGCAGCUAACAUUGUGGGAACUUCAGUCCCAAUCUGAAGCACGGUCCCACACUGCAUUUACAGACGUGGUGAGCAACCAUGGGGUGUUGCUUAUCGAGACAAUUUAGUAGGGCUGUGAAUCUUUGGGUACCUGACUAUUCGAUCCGAUUCCUGGGGCGACCGUUUCAUUCAGAAUCGAUUCUUGAUUCAAACCACAAUGUAUUAUUUGGUAUAAUAAUUAGAAUGAGAAUGGGUUAGAAAAGCUUCUGUUUGCAUGGAGAUGGCCUACUAAAUGACUUUUUAAAAAGUUUCCUAUAAAAACAAUAUUUUUAUAUAUUUUCUUUUUAAAUCGGAUUUUUGAAAAUCCUGAAUCGAUUUAAAAAAAUCAGGUUGAAUAAUAAUAUAAUUUUUUUUGUGCACCCUCUACAAUUUAUCAUCCACGGUGAAGGGAACUACCACUAUUUUUUUUU